AUGAUGUCGUGGGCAUUCAAUGCAACUGCAGAACAAACCAGAAGAUCUUUGAGGAUAGAUGAUUGGCCAUGGCUAGAUAAAGUUCAAGUAUUUUUCAUAAUCAUUGCUGUUCUCAUGGGUCUAUUCUCUUUAUUUUUCCUAUGUAUUGGAUUUACUGCAACUGGCGGAACAAGAGAGACAAUGUAUAAAGAUGAUAACUCUCGGUGUGGUGGUAAAGCAGCCUGUGUGAUUGCAAUGAUGUUUGAUAUAUUAUUGAUUAUCGCAUGGUUAUUCAUCAUUUCAAUUGUCUCUUGGCUCUGCAUAUUUUAUUAUUUUUUCAAUCGUCUUUGCAACAAUCUCCCGAGCUACACAGAUGGAGAUUGUAUAGAUCUUCAUGUUUUUUGGCCAUUGGUUUCUGAUUUUGCCAACUCGAAUUUGAGAAUGUGUGGCGGAGACGUUCAGCAGUUCUGUGCUCUAACAUCCACCGCCUUCUCCUGGUAUGUCAUUGGUUGGGUUGGAUGUGUUCUUAUCAUUCUCGGAAUUCUCUUAUUCUUCGGAAUCCAUGCUUCUAACUAUGCUCAUAUAGGGAAUGCGAACAGAUACAUGGAGCUAGGAAAUCUCCUCCGAUUUGCGGAAGAUCGAGAUUCUGGAGAUGAGCGGAAUUUGAAAAAAGGGAGAGGGGUUCGGCUUCCGGAAAAAUACGAAAUUCAGUCAACACAAUGGAGUGAUUCGAGAGCGAACUAUUCCAUGAGAACUACAACGAGCCGACAAGCCGAGCACAUGUCCGACUCAAUCAGCCAAUUUGAUUAUCGCAGGGAUAAACGACCAAAACCGGUUUAUUAA